AUUGUGUGCAUUUCUACCUUGAUAGAUCUCAGUUUGCCGGAGAAAGAUGGAAAAAGAACAUGGCUGUGAUAUUUCUCCUUCAUGGGAUAAUGGAGAAAAUGGUCAUUCUUCCAUGGAGAAGAGGCUAAGGUUAUUUGGGUUUGAGCUGAACCCAUAUCAGAUCAACGAGGGCUGUGUCAAAGACUCCGUGGAAGGGGACGAAAGUGUGAACUCUUCAAACUCAUUUUCAUCAGGUGGGGAGAAAACUGAACAGCAGGAGAAGAGUUCAUCUGCAACAAGAGACAACACAUCAGAUCAUGAGAGGAAGUUCGAAUGCCAAUAUUGUUUCAAAGAAUUUGCAAACUCACAAGCAUUAGGAGGCCACCAAAAUGCUCACAAGAAAGAGAGAAUGAAGAAGAAGAGGUUGCAGCUUCAAGCCAGGAGGGCUAGCUUAAGCUACUACCUUCAGCCUUUUCAAAACAACCCUGGUUUUUCCUUCGACAGCUCUAAUACGCCUUGGUUCUAUGACCCCUCCUCUUAUAACUCUGAGUUUUCUUUGUUUGAAGAACCUCAGAUUAGCUUCAAAACCAAGGAUCAAGAUGCCAUUAAUGUUCUUAAUGGUUUUGAUCAGAAAUCAAGUUGUAACUCUCAUCCGUCCCUUUCCCUUCCUUCUCAGCAAGAGACUUGUAUGUUCACUCUAUCUCAUACAGAUAAUAGGCCUUUCAUCUUCCCUGCAGCUUCAAACCAGAGCCAUAGUAACAAGGGUUUGGAUCUUCAACUAGGCCUCACUUUGCAGUCAAAUACGCAUAUUUAGUUUAGGACACAUAGGAAACGAAGAAAAAAGCAACAUAGAGAAAAUCACAAUUCAUUAUAGCUGGUUGGCCCUCACAGAGGCAAUUCAUCAGUCGCCUUGUGUAAAAUUCAUGUGUUGUUAUAGAUUAAUAGCAUAUUGCCCGAA